UUUCCCUCUUUCCUUCCAAUUUCUUUCCUGUCAGACUUCAACCCAGUCUGACACGCCACAAUGGCAACCCAAAAAUCCCCAACAAUAACACCCGAAACAAACCCUCGCGGGAUCCCCUCUGCACCCUUCAUCGACAAUGUCUCCGACUACGUCUCCACACGCGCCGACGUGGAGCCCACGCUCCGCUCCUUCCAAGAAAUGAUCUCCAAGUACCAAUUCAUGGAAGUCAACACACAGCGCCGCGCCGCGGGCCUUCGCGAAAAAAUCCCGGAUAUCAAGAAGACGCUGGAAAUGGUCAGGUUUCUUAAAUUGCGCAAAGAUAGCAAUGGGGCGCCUUUGGAGACGAAUUUCGAGUUGAAUGAUACACUCUAUGCGCGCGCGACGGUUAACCCUGCAGAUACUGAGGAGGUGUAUCUCUGGCUUGGGGCAAAUGUGAUGUUGGCUUAUCCGAUUGGGGAGGCGGAGACGAUGUUGGCGGAUAAGUUGGCGACGGCGGAGACUAGUCUGGCUAAUUGUGAUGAGGAUUUGGAGUUUUUGAGGGAGCAGAUUACGACGAUGGAGGUUGCUACGGCUCGUGUCUAUAACUGGGAUGUGGUGCAGCGUCGGAAAGACAAGGCGGAGGGUAAGGGGGACGAUGAUGAUGACACCACAGGAAAGAGAACCCCUGGUGGUUAAAGUCAGUUUUCAUGGUUGUGUCGAUUAUGGUUUAAAAAAUAUCUUCAUUUAUUCGAUUUGCAUAUAUCCUAGUCAGGGCGGGAAAG